AUGGCGAGCAGACGACAAAAACAGUUUGAUCGAAAAUACAGCUCGUAUCGGUGGGUGUUUUUGGGAGUGGGGGGUACUGUAGGGGGGUUUUGGCGCGCGAAAAUCAUUGCAUACAGUAUGCCUGCAGCUUGGGAGGUCAAACAUUUUGAUUUACCAGAAGUUUUUGGCGCGAAAAUUUGAUCUACAGUAAUUUUACUUGAACUUUUUCCGUGCGUGACAGUAGUCUUGCGAGAAUCAGAAUUUUUUGGAAAUUUUCAGAAAAAUUUUUGAGCUCUUAAAUUGAGCUACAGUAAUCCUGGGUUUUGUGAAUUUCUGAAAAUUUUUAAACCCUAAAAUUGUGGCUACAGUAAUCCUGGGUUUUGUGAAUUUCUAGAACUUUUUGAACCCCUAAAAUUGUGGCUACAGUAUUCUUUCUGAAUUUCGAAUUUUUUGAAGCACAAAAUUUUGAUCUACCUACAGUAGUAUUUUGGCGCCAAACUUUUUUUUUGCCGCCAAAAAAUCUUUGAACACUAGUUCGUCCGACUCAAAGUGUACUCAAAAAAAUUUCCAACAACUAGAAACUUCUAAGCGCCUAAAGCCAGAAAAAAAAGAGACCAAAACAAAUAUUUGCGCGGCUCUAAAAGAGGAAAAAAGUUAUGAUAAAUCCGGCUACUCUUUUGGCACUUUCACAGGGAAAAUCCGGCUGAAAAUUGGGCUAAAAAUCUGAAAUUUUGGCUGAAAAUGUCCAUUUCCAAUCAAUCAUCGCAAAAAACGAGGCAGUUGCUUGGUUGAAAUGCCGUGUAACAACGAAAAGGUGUUCGAAAAUACGACACGGGGGAGGAAAUUGAAAAUAAUAUAGGCCACGCCCAUUUUUCUGUGCCCUGCGGGAAAUUUGCAGAAUUUUGGAUCGAAUUUCAGGCCACGCCCCUUUGUCCGUGCCGCGCAAAAUCCACGUUUCCAGAAAAUUCACCGCCACCGACGAUGUGAACUACAGUACACAUUCAGCGCGAACAUCGUAUCGAUCCGAAUCGGUGACAUCACGAUCGGACGGACGUGGCAGAUCGACGUCAUCGGAAAUUGUGGCGGUGGGGAAAUUUGCAAAAUUUGAAUUUGGCGCCAAAAUUGGAGCAUUUUGACACCAAAUAUGAUGGUGUUUGGGCUCAAAAUGCUCCAAAUUUUGAGCUCAAAAAGCCACGUGUCUUUUGGCGCCAAAAAUAGGCCGUGUUUGAGCUCAAAAUGCUCCAAUUUUUUUGUUUUGCAGGGCUCCGAAUCUCGAAGCUACCCGGUCUACAUUGCGAUUCAAGAUUAUCAGCCGGAUAAGGAGGAUGUGGAGGCGAUUCCGUUGGAGCAGGGACAAAUUGUCGAAGUGCUCGACAAGAAGAAUUCGGUGCGCUGGUUGGUUAGGACUAAGGUGAGCAAUCGCGUUGUCUGGACUCUCUCUGCUAUCUCUAACUACACUCUAGUUUCUCUGCGUCUCUCAAAUUCUAGUUGACUCUAACCAAGGCUUCUCUUAACCUGCGUCUCUAACCUCAGUAGUCUGCAUCUCUGCGCUCUCUCAAAUCUCUCCUAAACAUCAUUUAUCUGCGUCUCUAUCACUCUCCAGGCUCUCUAACCAUUUACUCUAGCCGUCUAACUCUCUCUCUCUUUCCGCAUCUUUAUAUAAACUAGAUUUUGAUGAGUUAGCCUAACUUUUUUCAAUUUUUAAAGAUUUUUUCAUAUAUUUUCAAUUUUUCCCGAAAUCCCUCCCCAAAAAACUCACCAAUCGCUUCUAUUUCUCAAAAAUUCCAAUCAAAAAAUCCAAAAUCCUCCAAGUUUUCCACGUUGAAUCCAAUUUUCCAUCAAUUUUCCGAGCUGAAAAUCGGAAAAUUCGAUUUUUUCAUGUACCAUUGAGUUCUGCUAACUCCAUUUUUGUUUCUAUAGAUUUCUGGGUCUCACAACAAUUUUUAAAAUCAUUUUUGACCCUGAAAACUCAAAAAUUUCAAUCGAAACAUUGUUUCUCUAGAAAAAACCGCACCUUUCUUCGAUAAUCCUCGGAUUUUCCAUCGGAAUCGAUAAUUUCAGCCUUGUAGAACAUCUGAAAAUUCAAUUUUUGACUGAAAUUCACUGAUUUUCCCCGGAAACCUGAAAACCCCGCGAAAAAAAACGAAAAAUGAAAAUAUUCUUGUGUUGCGCUAAACAGCGGGCAAGCGGGAAAGCGCGGAGUGUCGUUGUAAAAGUCAAUUAAUUUUUUAAAUUUUUUUUUUUUUUUGAAAAAAAAACGAAGAGCGGUGUUUGCACACAUCGAAACACUUGAUGUGACGCCAAAUUUUCAGCCAAAUUUUCAGUUUUUUCAUUUUUGCAGGCUCGUCCACCUCGAUCCGGUUGGGUACCCGGAUCCUAUUUCGAAACUCCCACCGAAUUCUACAAACAACGUCGUCGAACUCGCGAAAUCGAAAAUGACAAGGAGUUGAAUGAUGAGCAGGCGGCGAUUGUGAAAAGAGAGUGAGUUUGUUUUUUUUUGACGUGAUCUACGUGAAACACGUGGCAGAGAAAAAAUCAUUUUUGAAAAUUUUUGGAAGCUUAUUGUUAGAAAUGAUCGUGCGACUGACUGUUGGAGCAAAAAUAUUUAGUUUUGGUGAGUCUGGGUGUCUGACAUCUCUGCGUCUCUAGACUCUUCUAUGACUGGUCUCUGCGUCUCUAACCCAUUCACUCACUCUCCUUAUCUAACUCUAUCCUCUGCUAAUUAUUCAUAUGUUUCUCUAACCAAUAUUUCCACUCUGCGUCUCUAGGUUACUCUACCUUUCUAACCUAUCUAGCUUGUCUGUGUCUCCAACUUCCUUAUUUUCUCUAGCGUCUCUAACUUCUAACCUUUCUUCUCUGCACUCUCUGCGUCUCCAACUUGUCUAUGCUCUCUAGCUUCUCUGCGUCUCUCUCUCUCUCUCUGCUCUCGAAAUAAUAAUAAAAUAAUAAAAAUGUAUGUGAUCUUCUUCUUUCUCCAACAGCCGCUCUCCCGCCAUUUUUUCUGGACAAACCCAAAAAAAAAAGUUUUUUUUGUUGCUCAAAGUGAAAAGUGAAUGGGGUUGUGUUGUGUAAUAGAGGAGAUUUUCGGGAUUUUUGAGCUCAAAACAAAAAUUAGAGACGCAGAGAAGUAGAAUAAAAAUAAAUUUGCAAACUGGCGCUGAAAAAAUAGGUUUCAAAUGUGAAGGUAGAUGACAAAAAUUGAAUCUGAAAAUGUUCUGAAAGAUAUUCUCAUGAUUUUCAGCACAAAAUUUUAGCCUAGAAAAAGGUUUUGAGCUUCUGGAAUCUUUUUUGGACUAAGACUAUCCCAAAAAAAAGUUUCAGAGAAAAUUGAAACUUUCCAGACCCAAAUUUUGAGCUGAAAAUCGCUGAAAAUAGGAAAAAUCCCAAAUUUUGCAGCCAAGUCUACCACGAACUUCUACGAUCCGAAGAAGAAUUUGUGGGAUCUUUGCGAUCGUGCGUCGAUGAUUACAUCAAAGUGAUCGACGAUGCCAAUGUGCCAGAACUGGUCAAAAAAAAUCGCGAUCAAAUCGUCGGCAACAUUCCCGAACUCUACAAUUUUCAUGCGAAUGUCAUGUUGAAGGGGCUGAAUUAUUAUUCGGAUGAUCCGGGAAAAGUUGGGCAAACUUUUGUGAGAUUGGAAAAGGAUUUCGAGAAUCACGUCGAGUUUUAUAAGAACUAUCAAAAUGCGUUGAAAUUGGUUGAGGAGCCAGGAAUCAAGGAUUUCUUCCAGGUGAAUUUUUGUUUCUGUUCUGUAUUUUUCUCUGUGCUCUCUCUUAUUUUUACACAGUAUUUUUUGUUCUCUAAAUUCUCUGCGCUCUCUCAUUUUCUCUUGAUCUCUAGCUUGCCUAGUUUCUCUGGGUCUCCAAUAUUUCAAUUGUUUUUUGUCUGGUUUCUCUGCGCUCUCUCAUUUUCUCUUGAUCUCUAGCUUGCCUAGUUUCUCUGGGUCUCUAAUAUUUUAAUUGUUUUUUGUCUGGCUUCUCUGCGCUCUCUCAUUUUCUCUUGAUCUCUAGCUUGCCUAGUUUCUCUGGGUCUCAAAUAUUUCAAUUGUUUUUUGUCUGGUUUCUCUGCGCUCUCUCAUUUUCUCUUGAUCUCUAGCUUGCCUAGUUUCUCUGGGUCUCUAAUAUUUUAAUUGUUUUUUGUCUGGCUUCUCUGCGCUCUCUCAUUUUCUCUUGAUCUCUAGCUUGCCUAGUUUCUCUGGGUCUCAAAUAUUUCAAUUGUUUUUUGUCUGGUUUCUCUGCGCUCUCUCAUUUUCUCUUGAUCUCUGGCUUGCCUAGUUUCUCUGGGUCUCCAAUAUUUCAAUUGUUUUUUGUCUGGUUUCUCUGCGCUCUCUCAUUUUCUCUUGAUCUCUAGCUUGCCUAGUUUCUCUGGGUCUCUAAUAUUUUAAUUGUUUUUUGUCUGGCUUCUCUGCGCUCUCUCAUUUUCUCUUGAUCUCUAGCUUGCCUAGUUUCUCUGGGUCUCUAAUAUUUUAAUUGUUUUUUGUCUGGCUUCUCUGCGCUCUCUCAUUCUCUCUUGAUCUCUAGCUUAUCUGAUUUCUCUGCGUUCUCUCAAUUUCUCUCGAUCUCUAGCUUUUCUGGUUUCUCUGCGCUCUCUAAUUUUCUCUCGAUCUCUUGCUUCUCUGGUUUCUCUGCGUUCUCUACCAUUUUAUGCAGUUUUUGUCUGGUUUCUCUGCGCUCUCUCUUUAUCUCUGAUUCUCUGCGUCUCUUCAUUUUCACUACUAUAUAUUAUAUCCUAUUUAUUCAUAAUUAUUACGACACUAUACUAUUUUAUUCAAAGUUAAAUUUUGAAAAUAAAAAAUUUGCGCGCGAAAAAUGUACUUAUUUUUGAAAAUUUAUUGAUUUUUUUUUCAUUUUUGACAUGUGUUUUCAAUCAAUUUUCGGGUCAUUUGAGAAAUUUUUUUUGUCUUUUUUCUAUUUUUUUAUUGAAAAUAUUUUUUUCUGUGAUAUUUUUGUUUUCAAAAUUUAUAAUUUCUGAAAUUGACAAAAAAACUCCUUGAAAAAAUAGGUUUCAAAAAUUAAAUAACCAUAUUUUUUUCCAAAAAUUUUUUUCAAUGAAAUUACAAAAUGAAUGUUCCUUUAAUACCACCUACCGUAUUCAAAUCGAACUUUUUUGGAAACAAAAACUUCCACAAAAAAUUUUUCCGACCUCUAAAUAUUUUUUUGAUCACCAAUAAUUUUGACAAGAAAUGUUUUGCGUCUGCGCUCUCUUUUUGUGUACUCUCUCGCUUUUUCUGCUUGUUUUUUGUUUUUUUUGUCAAAUUUUUCCAUUUUUUUCGAAAUCCCUCCCCAAAAAACUCACCAAUCGCUUCUAUUUCUCAAAUUUCAAUCAAAAAUCCAAAAUCCUCCAAGUUUUCCACGUUGAAAUCCAAUUGUCCAUCAAUUUUUCGAGCUGAAAAUCAGAAAAUUUGAUUUUUUCAUGUACCAUUGAGUUCUGCUAAAUCCAUUUCUGUUUCUAUAGAUUUCUGAAGGUUUUCUGGGUCUCACAACAACUUUUAAAAUCGUUUUUGCCCCCAAAAACUCGAAAAUUUCAAUCGAAACAUUGUUUCUCUAGAAAAAACCGCACCUUUCUUCGAUAAUCCUCGGAUUUUCCAUCGAAAUCGAUAAUUCCAGCCUUGUAGAACAUCUGAAAAUUCAAUUUUUGACUGAAAUCCACUGAUUUCACCCGGAAACCCGAAAACCCCGCGAAAAAAAACCGCGAAAAUGAAAAUAUUCUUGUGUUGCGCUAAACAGCGGGCAAGCGGAACUUCGGAGUGUCGUUGUAAAAGUCAAUUAAUUUUCUAUUAAUUUUUUUUCUUCAAAACACUUGAUGUUACGCCAAAUUUUCAUUGUUUUCGGGGGAGAUUUCUUGGUUUUUUUUCUGAAUCUGAUUUUUUCCCUUGGAUUUUCUUUUGAGUACAUUUUUGGGUGUUGUAAAAACCUGAAUUCGUUUCAAGACUCAAAUUUGAUUUUCAAAAAACAAAAUGUGAAUUUCUGGAAUUAAUUUUUAGCGCUGAAAAGUAUCGUUCUGAAUAAAUUCGUUUGAAUUUAUUGAUUUUUUAAGCUGACUUUGUCGAAACUCGUUUCGAGACCCAAAAUUUUAAUAAAUUUAUGUUCCUUUGAUUUUCUCUUUUUUUUCGUUUUCAAAUUGAGCCUAACCUAAAAAUACAAAAAACCAAUUUUUCUGUCUGCACUCUCUUAAUUUGACGUUGUCUCUUUUUUCUCUAAUCCGUUCCAAGACCCAAAUUUCUGAAAAUAUCAAUGUUCCUUUAAAUUUUCUGCUGAUUUUUCUACUGUUUCAAAUUGGCCUAUAAAAAACACCAAAAAAAUACGUUUCAAAAAUUUUGUAAAUUUUGGCUCAUCAAUUUUCAAAUUGAUAAUUUUCUAUGUAUUUUAUUUCUUCUCAAGACCCAAAUUUCUGUAAAUCAAAUGUACCUUUAAAGUUUUCUAUUUUGUUUUUGAGUUACUGUAUUUUGAUGUUGUCGAUUUUUGAAAAAUUUUUUGCUGCCAAAUUUUUUUCUCUCUGAUAAAAAAGUUCAUUCACAAUUCGUUGCGAGACCUGAAUUUCAAAAAGUUGAAUUUUUUUUUUUCAAAACUUUGCUCUGAUUUUUGUUAUUUUUCAAAUUAAGCGCCUUAAUUCGUUUCAAGACCCAAUUUUUAUUUUCAAAAAACGAGACGUAUUCAAAUUGAACACUGUACAAAAAUUUUUCAAAGCCACACUGUACAUUUUUUCUCGAAAAAGUGUAGUUUUUUAUUGAUUUUCGGCGGAUUUUAAUGAAAAAUUUCAAAAAAUUCAAAAAUCUCACCCUGAACAAUUGAUUUGCCACUUUCUCGCCAGGUGUGAUUAAGCCAAAAUUUCGCGUGAAAAAUACGUUUCAAACAUUUUUUUAAAUUCUUGCUAAUCAUUUUUUGACUUGAUAUGUUGUUAAUUUUUUUCAAGACCAAAUUUCCAAAAAUUAAAUGUUCCUUUAAUUUUCUCUGUUAUUCUUUUCAAAAUUUUUUUAAAAAAUUUGUUCAAAAAACCCCGAGAAAAUACGUUUCAAAAAUUUUUGAAAAUCCAGGUCUAAAAAAUUUUUGAACUGAUUAUGCGGUUCUACUCUCUUUAUAAAAAUCACUGUAUUUUUUUCUCUAACUCGUUUCGAGACCCAAAUUUCUGAAAAUAUCAUUGUUCCUUUAAAUUUUCUGCUGAUUUUCUACUGGUCUUUUUUUCAAAUUAUCGAUUUUUCGUUUUGAAAUUUGCUCUAAUAUUGUGAUUUCUUCUAGAAUUUAAAUUUUUAUUUUAAAAAUUUCUGUUCUCAAAAAAAUGGUUAUCAAUUUUUUCUUGAAGUUCUGAACACGCCAAAAAUUACCGUACUUGCUGAAUGUUUUUUGAGUUUUCAAUAUUGAGUAAAAAAAAAUCUCAGAAAAAAUACGUUUCAAAAAUUUUGUAAAUCCAGGCCUAAAACAUUUUUGAACUGAUAACAGAAAAUUAUAAUAGAUUUCUCUAAUUUUUUUUAAAAUUAUGGAUUUUGUGUUUUUUUUUCUAGAAUUUAAAUUUUGAUUUCAAAAAAUUUCUGUUCUCAAAAAAAAUAUUUUCUGACAAUUUUCUGAAAAUUCAAUGUUCCUUUAAUUUUUGCUCUGGUUUUUCUUCAAUUUCAAAAAAAAACACCCAGAAAAAAUACGUUUCAAAAAUUUUUUGUAUUUUUUGCUCAUCAAAUUUUAAUUUUUUUAAAUGUUUCAAAAAUUUUUUUUUUUUCAUCAAAAUUACUGUACUUUGGAACUCGUUUCGAGACCCAGAAUUAAAAAAAAAAUUUUUUUUGGCCUCCAAAAUUACCAUUUCCUUCAAAUUAUGUAGAUUACUGUAUUUUUAUCUCGUUGCAAGACCCAAAAAUUUUGUUUUUUUCUAGUUUUGUGUAGUUUUUGCCGCCAAAAAAAUUUGAAAAAUAUUUUUUAGACUUCUAAAAUUGAUUUUUGAUCUUCGAAAGUUCUGCUUUCGCUGUCUGCGCUCUCUUUUUUGUUUACUCUCUCGCUAUUUUUCCCAAUUUUUCUGCUUUUUGAUGAAAUUUUUUUGCUGUAGGACCUGAAUUUUUUCUGAUUUUUGAUGACAUUUUUUUUCUGAACCCCCUAAAGCCACCAAAAAAUUCCCCAAUAAUUAUUUUUUGCCGUUUUUCAGAACCUGUCGAAUAAAUCCGAUGCUGGAGCUUCAACAUUUUCGGAUCACAUCAAUGAAAUCGCCAAUCGAAUGGUUCAAUAUCAGAAUUAUUUCAAGGAAUUUGUCAAAUAUUCGACUCGCGCAAAUGGUGGAUCAUCGAAAAGUAUUCAGAAGGCACUGGAAUUGGUGACAACUAUUCCACAGAGGUUUGUAGCAGCUGACUGAAAAUUCGCAAUUUUUUGAGACCAAAUAAGCCUAGGGUUACUGUAGAACGGCUAAGGAUUACUGUAGUUUAAUGGAAAAAAAAUUUGGAAUUUUUUGAGAUCAAAUAAGCCUAGGGUUACUGUAAAAGAGCUAAGGAUUACUGUAGUUUAAUGGCGAAAAAAUUGGAAUUUUUUGAGACCAAAUGAGCCUAGGGUUACUGUAGAGGAGCUAAGGAUUACUGUAGUUUAAUGGCGAAAAAAUUGGAAUUUUUUGAGACCAAAUACGCCUAGGAUUACUGUAAGUAAGCUCAGGAUUACUGUAGUUUAAUUAAGAAAAAUUGGAAUUUUUAGAGACCAAAUAUGCUUAGGAUUACUGUAGAAGAGUUAAGGAUUACUGUAGAGUUUUGGCGCGAAAAUUUGAAUUUUUCGAGACCAAAUAAGCUUAGGGUUACUGUAGAAGAGCCAAGGAUUACUGUAGUUUAAUGGCAAAAAAAAUUGGAAUUUUUUGAGAUCAAAUAAGCCUUGGGUUACUGUAGAAGAGCUAAAGAUUACUGUAGUUUAAUGGCGAAAAAAUUUGGAAUUUUUCGAGACCAUAUAAGCCUAGGGUUACUGUAGAAGAGCUAAGGAUUACUGUAGUUUAAUGGCAAAAAAUUUGGAAUUUUUUGAGACCAAAUAUGCUUAGGAUUACUGUAGAGUUUUGGCGCGAAAAUUUGAAUUUUUCGAGACCAAAUAUGCUUAGGAUUACUGUAGAAAAGCUAAGGAUUACUGUAGUUUACUGCAAAAAAAAUUGGAAUUUUUUAAGACCAAAAAAGCCUAGGGAUACUGUAGGAGAGCUAAGGAUUACUGUAGUUUAAUGGAAAAAAAUCGGAAUUUUCUGAGACCAAAUGAGCUUAGGGAUACUGUGGAUAUUUUGGCGCGAAAACUUGAUUUUUCAAAUUUUGACUUGGGUUACUGUAAUCGGUUUUUCCCGAUUUUUCAGUCUCUAGACUACUGUAGCUUGUUUUCUGGCGCCAAAUUUCUGAUCUACAAAAAAAAAUCUAAAUUUUUCCAGAGUCCACGAUUUGGAAUACACUGACAACAUCAAACAAUAUCCAGGAGAUACCAGCAAAUUGGGCCGAAUUAUCAGACAUGUAAGUGGGGCCCGAAAUUUAGGCCACGCCCCCUUUUUCUAGCGCCAAAACCCAAAAAUCCACGUGUUUUUUUCUUGUCCAGGACACAUUUCAAGUUUGGGAAGGCGACAGCGAUCCGCAAAUUCGCUACGUCUUUCUGUUCCCCAACAAAAUCAUGUUCACCGAUCACAAACCGAAUGCGUAUUGCCACGUGGCAACAAUCAGGCUGGAUCGAUACAAUAUUCGACAACACACGACGGAUGAGGAUACGAUUGUAUUGCAGCCACAAGAACCCGGUCUGCCCAGUUUCCGGUGAGCAUUUUGAGCCCAAACACGGGAUGUUUUGAAGCCACGUGGCAAUUUUUGAGCUCGCCUCAUUUUCCUGAUAAUUUUGAGCCGAAACACGGGGUAUUUUGAAGCCACGUGGCAUUUUUUUUCGAAAAAAAAUUCAAAUUUUUCGCAGAAUGAAGCCACGCGAUUUCGAAACUGCCGAAUACACGCGAAAAGCUUGGCUCAAAGAUAUAGGUGAAGAACAGGAGGCGUACGGUAUGUUCCUUUAAAUUUUUGGGGAUUUCUUCUCAACAAGUUCCAAAAUGUCCUCUUCCCAGAGCAAAAAAUAAAUGAGGGAUAUUUAUUUACACUUGAGAUUUUUCUUGUGUGUGUGUAUCUCAAAAAGACGAACAAGUGUUGCACACAAUCAUCAUCAAAAAAAAAAAUAAAAAAGUUUCAUCACCCGGCGGGCAUUGAACCCCGCACCUCUCGAUUCCAAAACCAGCGCCCUGCCACUGAACCACGCGCGCUUUUUAAAAGCGCGUUGAAAAUGUCGAAUAAAAAAGGGGAAGGAAAUUUUGGUUUCGUCGCAUAAAUCAAAAGUUAUUGGACACAUUUUGCCAGAUGUUUUUGGGGAAAAUUGGGAGAGAGAGGGGAGACGCAGAGAAAAAGGGAAAAAACUGUGCGAUGGCAGAAAAUUGCAGAAUUUUGAAAAAGGCUCCGCCCACAAAACCGUGCGGCAAACAAAAAUUUGAAGACUUUCAAAGUUUAGAGUUUCCAGAGUGAAAAAUGAAAUAAAUAUUAGGCCCCGCCCCCAAAACCGUGCCUUUGCAAGAUUUUUGAAUUAUUGGAAAAAUUCCAAAGCUCCGCCCACAAAACCAUGCGCUACUUGACCUUUUUGCGCACCCCUUAAACAAUGUUACACACAAAAUGCCGUGUUGUACUCUCGAAGAAAAUCCCUCGCAAAAAGUGUUUCGGAAGCUUCUGCUGCUGCCAAAAAUCCCUUUCUAUCAUCAUUUCCCGUGUGUAAUCGCCCACACUCUAACAUCUCUGCGUCUCUCUCAUAUCUCCAUACUCUCUCGCCUCCCGAGAGCAACACAGAGGCUCUCAUUUAUAUUCUAUUAUAUUAUUAUCUACGCCCCUCUCUCUGCUGAUAUCGAUUGAUUUUUUUUUUGUGGAAGCCUUAAGCCCCUUAAGCCCUAAGCCCUAAUAAGCCUAAGGCCUAAGGAAGGAUGGUCCUUAAAACGUUGUAUAUCAUCGAAUUGACGGACACCGAAGAGGGCGGAUUGGAACUUGUUGAUCCAUCUUGGUGUAAGUUCGAAAUUUUGAUCGGGGAUUUUUUUCUAGCCACCACAAUGUCCACCACCAGCCAAACUGCACCAUCUUCUGAUGGUGGAGCGGCUUUUGGUGGGCGGCCGCGAGGAGCAAGUAGUGUGAGCACUUUUGAGCUCGACUCGGCUCGGUCUGAGUUUAGCGAGUGGAGCGGAUCCAGGAAGAGUAGUUUGAGAGGUGUUGUGCACUUUUUUUGGAGUGAAUUUUGGUGUGCAUUUUUUGUGUUGGUGUUUGACACGUGGAAAAUUUCCUGAAAUUUUGAAACAAUUUUGCCACGUGGAAAAUUUUUUGAAAUUUUGAAAUUUGUUCUUCUUCAAUAAAAAAAAAAGAAGUUUGCAGAACUAAAUUUUGCCACGUGGAUUUUAUUUUCAAAAUUUCUAAAGAUUUUAGAUUUUAUGUUUUGAAAACUUCCAGAAUACUUGAUUUUUUUUUCAAAAUUUUCCCAUUUUUGCUCUGAAAUUUUUGAAAAAUUUAUUUUUUUUUCGAAAAAAAAUGUUUUCAUACAUUUUUUGGAACCAAAUUUUGAGAUUCAAAAAAUUCCAGAACUUUCAAUUUCUCAAAAAAUUUUGCCAAGUGGAUUUUUCUGGAAAUGAAAAUUUUUUGGAAUUUUUUGUUGCCACGUGGAUUUUUGCUCUGAAAUUUUCUAGCACAUUUUUUUUCGAAAAAAUUUUUUAGGAUUUUUUCGGCACCAAAUUUUGAGAUUCAAAAAAUUCCAGAAUUUUCAAUUUCUCAAAAAAUUGGAUUUUUCUGGAAAUGAAAAUUUUUUGGAAUUUUUUGUUGCCACGUGGAUUUUCUCUCUGAAAUUUUCUAGCACAAUUUUUUUCGAGAAAAAUUUUUUAGGAGUUUUUCGGCAUCAAAUUUUGAGAUUCAAAAUAUUCCAGAAUUUUCAAUUUCUCAAAAAUUUGCCACGUGGAUUUUUCUGGAAAUGAAAAUUUUUUGGAAUUUUUUGUUGCCACGUGGAUUUUUUCUCUGAAUUUUUUGAAAAAUUUAUUUUUUUCGAAAAAUAUUUUUAGGAAUUUUUCGACACCAAAUUUUGAUUUGAAAAAAUCCAGAAUUUUCGAUUUCUCUGAAAUUUUCCACGUGGAUUUUUUCUGGAAAUGAAAAUUUUUUGGAAUUUUUUGUUGCCACGUGGAUUUUUUCUCUGAAAUUUUUUGAAAAAUUUAUUUUUUUCGAAAAACAUUUUUAGAAAUUUUUUGGCACUAAAUUUUGAGAUUCAAAAAAUUCUAGAAUAUUCGAUUUCUCAAAAAUUUUUGCCACGUGGAUUUUUCUGGAAAUGAAAAUUUUUUGGAAUUUUUUGUUGCCACGUGGAUUUUUUCUCUGGAAUUUCCUAGCACAAUUUUUUUUUUCGAAUAAAAGUUUUCAUACGUUUUUUGGCACAAUUUUUUUUUUUUUUAAAUUCCAGAAUUUUGAAUUUCUCAAAAAAUUUGCCACGUGGAUUUUUCUGGAAAUGAAAAUUUGUUGGAAUUUUUUUGUUGCCACGUGGAUUUUUGCUCUGAAAUUUAAAAAAAAAAUUAUUUUUUUUCGAAAAAAAAAUUUUUAGGAAUUUUUCGGCAUCAAAUUUUUAUUUUAAAAAAAUUCCAGAAUUUUGAAUUUUAAAAAAUUCCAGAAAUUUUAAUUUCUCAAAAAUUUGACCCAACUUUUUUUCCACGUGGAAAUUAUGUGUAUUUUAUAUUUUCAGUUUCAGUUUUUUUUGUCCGUCCAGAUUUUUUUAACCAAAAAAAAAAAAUAACUGCGUUUAGAGUUAGCCUAAUUCAUUUUAUUUUUCCAUGUUGAUUGUGAGAGCCCAAUGUUUUUUGUUUGCUCCGAGAAAAAUUCCAACAAAAAAAAAACUCAAUUUUUUUUGAAGGUCCCGAUGAAGGUGGUACGCCUCGGAAGAAGAUCAAAUCACCGCCGGUGAUUUCGCCGACUGGUUCAUCGACAAGUAUCUAUUCAGGAGGAUCGAGUAGUAUUGAUUGGAGUGAGUUUUGGGGGGAAAUUUGGAGCAUUUUGAGCCCAAAUUUGGAGCAUUUUGAGUCCAAAUUUGGGGCUUUUUGAGCCCAAAUUUGGAGCAUUUUGAGCCUAAAUUUGGAGCAUUUUGAGCCCAAAUUUGGAGCAUUUUGAGUCCAAAUUUGGUUACUUUUGAAGCCAUGGAAAAUUUGAUAAUGAAAUUUUUUAAAAAUAAUCUGUGGGUCACGUUUUCACGCGGGAAAAAUAACUAAUUUUCAAAUUUUUUUUUCGAAAUUUUUUGCCACGUGGAUUUCAUUUCUAUAGAAAUUCAACCAAAUCUUUUGAAUUUUAUUUUUUCGAAAAAUUUUUUUUUAGGAAUUUUUCGGCGCGAAAUUUUGAGAUUCAAAAAAUUCCAGAAUUUUGAAUUUCUCAAAAAUUGUGCCACGUGGAUUUUUCUUUUUUCGGGAACAAAUUUUCAACAAUUGCAUUUUUCUGGAACAUUCUGGAAAAAAGCUUAAAAGCUUAGUUUGGCCUAAACCUAAGCCUAGUUAAGCCUAAGCCCUAAGCCUAGUUAAGCCUAAGCCCUAAGCCUAAGGCUAGAUAAACUUAAGCCUAAGUCAAUACCUUAACCUAAGCCUAGUUAAGCCUAAACCUAAGCCUAGUUAAGCCUAAGCCCUAAGCCUAGUUAAGCCUAAGCCCUAAGCCUAAGGCUAGAUAAACUUAAGCCUAAGUCAAUACCUUAACCUAAGCCUAGUUAAGCCUAAACCUAAGCCUAGUUAAGCCUAAGCCCUAAGCCUAAGGCUAGAUAAACUUAAGCCUAAGUCAAUACCUUAACCUAAGCCUAGUUAAGCCUAGUUAAAAGCCUAAGCUUGAUAAGCCCGAGAUUAAUUGAACCUAAGCUUAAGCCUAAGUUCUUAACCCAAACUUAGUUGAACCUAAACCGGCCUAAGUCAAUACCUUAACCUAAGCCCAGUUAAGCCUAAACCUAAGCCUAGUUAAGCCCAAACCUAAUAGGCCCGAGCUUAAUUGAACCCAGAAGCCUGAGCCUAGUUAAGCCUAAUUAGGCCUAAGACAAAUAAGCCCAAGCUUAAUUGAACCCAGAAGCCUGAGCCUAGUUAAGCCUAAACUCACGACUUUCAAAAAAAUCCGAAAAUAUUUCCAGCCACCACCGGAACGACUCUCGAAAUGCAAGGAACCCGCGUCACUCGAACCCAAUACGGUUUCCGAACUCUCCAAGAAUCGUCAGCCAAAAUGUGCCUCAAAGUCACCGGCUAUCCGCUCCCCGAUAUCACUUGGUACAAAGACGAUGUUCUACUCUCCGAAGAUGAACGUCACACUUUCUAUUCGGACGAGGACGGCUUCUUCGCAAUGACAAUCGAUCCAGUUCACGUCACCGAUACCGGAAGAUAUACGUGUAUGGCGACGAAUGAGUACGGUCAGGCGAGCACUUCCGCGUUUUUCCGCGUGAUGAAAGUGGAGAAGGAGGCGGCGCCGCCCGCGUUUCUUUCCGCGCUCAAAGAUCAGGAGUGUCGCGAGGGUGAUGUGAUUAAUUUCGAAUGUGAGGUUGAGGGUUGGCCAGAGCCGGAACUUGUUUGGAUGGUUGAUGAUCAGCCGUUGAGACCGAGUGCUGACUUCAAAUUACAGUAUGAUGGACAGACGGCCAAGUUGGAGAUUCGGUAAGUUCUGUGAAAAAUCCACGUGGAUUUUUGAGACCUAGAACUUUGAGAUUCUGAAUUCCAAAAAAAAUUCUGAAGGAUUUUGGAGCCUACAAAUCCACGUGGCAAAAAAUCUUCGAGGUUUUUUUUGGCUGAGUAUCUAAUGUAGAUACGCAGUCAAAUUUAUCUCUAUAUUUCCCAGACUGAGUAUCUAAUGUAGAUCGAAAGGUACGCAGUCAAAUUUUGAUCAGUGGAUUUUUGAGACCUAGAACUUUAAGAUUCUGAAUUCCAAAAAUAAAUUCUGAAAGAUUUUGGAGCCCACAAAUCCACGUGGCAAAAUUUCUAGAAAAUCUUUGACGUUAUGUUUUUUGGGCUGAGUAUCAAAUGUAGGUACGCAGCCUAGCAGAAUUUACUAGGCUGAGUAUCUGUAUAUUUCCCAGUCUAAUGUUUGAUCGACUGAGUAUCUAAUGUGUAGUUAAAUUUUGAUCACUCUCCCUCUCUCUACUCGCCUGAGUAUCAAACGUACGCAGUCAAAAUUCAACUAAUUCUGAAGCCCUAUUCUUUCUAAUUGUUUAAGGGUUUUUGGCUGAGUAUCUAAUGUAGGUACGCAGCCAAAUUUGGACUCAUUUUGAAGCCCUUUUUCAAUCAAAUUUUUUGCAGCGAUGCUCAACCAGAUGACACUGGUGUCUACUCGGUGAAAAUUCAAAACGAAUUCGGAACCACCGAAUCCAAGGCUGAACUUUUUGUCCAACCAGAUCCCGAUAAAAACCACGUGGCACCCGAAUUCCAAGCCACAAUCGAAGAUGUUGAAUGUAAUGAAGGUGAUGAGAUUCGAUUCAAAUCAGUCAUCACUGGAGAUCCGAAUCCAGAAAUCACUUGGUUGAUCAAUGGAAUUCCGCUGAGUGAAAGUGAAAAAGUCAAAUUCAUAUCGGAAGAUGGAAUUUGUAUUCUGACAAUCAAAGAUGUGACACGUCAUUUCGAUGGAAUUGUCACGUGUCAAGGUGCAAAUCGUUUGGGCACAACGAGUUGCGAUGCGAGAUUGAAAGUGAGAGUUCCGCCAAGUCCACCAGUGUUUACCAAACCGUUGGAGGAUAAAAUGGCACAGGAGAAGGGAACGGUGAGAGAUUUUGGGGAUUUUUGAGCUUGAACUUUUUUUUGGGCCCAAAUCUGCUAGAGGAUUUUGAUCUACAGGUUUUUUGGGAACAUUUUUUCUGAGAUUCUGAAUUUGAAAAAGUUCAGGGGCCCCGAAUUUUGAUCUACAAAACAGAAUUUUCUAGAAAUUUUUGAUCUAUCCAAAAUUUCAGCUAGAUUUUAGAGUAGGGAAAUUUUGAUCCACAAAAUUUCUGGAAUUCAAAAUUUGCAGUUCAGCAACACUUCUGGAAAUUUUGAUCUACCAGAUUUUUAGAGAAUUUUUUUGGUGCCAAAAUGUACAGUAGAUUCUACAGUAUCGUCUCGAACACAUGUUGUUGAUCUACAAAUUUUUAAAUUUUUGAACAUUCAAUUUUUUUGUGAUUUACCAGAUCUGAAACUUUAAAGGAACAUACAGUACACAUCCUUUGUUCUAGAAAAUUUGAUUCAAUUUAAAGGUACAUACAGUACCCCUCAAACCUCAGUAGGAACAUACAGUAUUUCGAAACCUUCCCCAAAAUUCAAGGCGCAUACAGUACCCCCCCCUCAAUGUAUUUUUUCUGCAGGUCCAAUUCGAAGUUGAUGUGAACGGUUGGCCAGAGCCAAUUCUAACAUUCACAUUGGCCGGAAAAGAGUUGCGAAACGCUGAAAACGGUGUGGAAAUUGUUGGGCACGACGGUUUCUAUCGCCUGACAAUCACCAAUUUGGCGCAAGACGCACAUGAUGGUGAAAUUGUGGCGCGAGCGAUAAAUGAACACGGUUCGGCUGAGAGCAGGGCACGGCUCACUGUUGAACAAGAGGAGGAGGAGUCGAGAAGCGCACCCACUUUUAUCAAGGAUAUUGAGGAUCAGGUGGGGCGAUUUUUCGGGAACCUUUAGGUCUAGGCUUAGGUUUAGGCCUAGCCUUAAAGUGGACCGGGCCUAACAGAUUAUUACUGGUUCAUAACUGUUCAAGUCUAAGCCUGAGCCUACUUGAUUUUGGAGCCUUUUGAUUUAUGUAAGCCUAAACUUGAUUUUAAACUUAGGCCUAAGAGGUUGUUUAAGCCUAAGCCUAAGCCUAAAACUUUGGUCAAGCCUAAGGCUAAGCCUAAGAAAUUGGUUAAGCCUAACAAAUCGGUUAAGCCUAAGCCUAAACCUAACAAAUCGUUUAAGCCUAAGCCUAAGCCUAAGAAAUUGGCUAAGCCUAAACCUUAGCCUAACAGAUUGGUUAAGCCUAAGCCUAAGCCUAACAAAUAGUUUAAGCCUAAGCCUAAGCCUAAAACAAAUUGUUUAGGCCUAAGCCUAAGCCUAAGGCUUUGGUUAAGCCUAUAAAAUUGGUUAAGCCUAAGCCUAAGGCUUUGUCCAACCUAAAGCCUAAAAAUUGUGUUUUACAGUAAUUUUAGAGCCUAUUUACUAAGGUUAGUUUUUGAUCUACAAUUUUCUGGAAUUCCAAAAAAAAUCCAAAGUACUGUAGGAGUACUGUACCUAGUUGAAAUUCCAAAAAUUUUGAUUUUUGUCUCCCCCUCGAAAUAUAUUUUUCCCUACGGACCUUUUUUUCUAUCCCUUUUGAUUAUCACACAAAAAUUGAUUGUGGAGGUGGAUAUGUUUUGUCUGCUUCUCUCGCCGCACUCUCUCAUUUCCCUGUGCUCUCUCACUUCUUUUUUUUUUUUGCUUGAUGAGCUCAUGAAACAAAAGGUGUUUUGUGUAAGAAGCGAUUUUUUUUCGAAUUUUUUUUCAAACAUUUUUAUGGAAUUGGUUUUCAGAAGUCUGCGAAUUUUUUUGGGAACUUUUAAUUUUAAUUUUAGAUCUAGUAGACAAUUUUUGGUCCCUCCCGGGUUUUUACACAACUAUUUUUUUUGCCCGGAGAGUUUUUGAGAAGAUAGAUUUUGCUCGGUACGUUGGCAGAGCAGAGCUUUUAUUGAUUUUUGGCGCCAGAAUUUUGAUCUACCAGGUUUUUUGGAUUUUUAUUUUUGAUCUACUAGAUCUAAUUCACGUGGAUUCUGAAUUUUUUCCACGUUGGAAGCUACAGUAACCCGGAAUUUUUCAAUCCCAAUUUUUUCCACAAUUUCUAUUUACCUCCUGCAGUAACCUAGAGACUGAAAACUACAGUAUCCCUGAAGUCUACAGUAAUCCACUAUGGGUUUUUGAUCUACAGAACUACAGUAUCCCGGAUUGUUUUUUGACCUAGCAGAAUUAUCUACAGUAAUUUUCAGAAUUUUUUUGUAGAUCAAAAACUCCCGCUUUAACACUACAGUAACCUGCAAAAAAGGCAUUUUUUAAAUACAGUACCCCGAAAAAUGUUUGAUUAUUUUUUGAUCUACCAAACUCUAAGCUUCUUUUCAAAAAUCCUCAAUUUUGCAGACAGUAAAAUUCGGUGAGCCGGCAAUUUUCGAAACAACAGUUCGCGGAAAUCCAACUCCGGAAGUUGUUUGGUUCAUCAACGGACACAAAAUGGAUUCGUCAAGUCCAGGUGUGAAAAUCGAGCAACUCAAUAAUCAUGAUCACAAAAUGACAAUCGAUUCGGCACAAUACGCGGGCACCGUAUUAUGUCGAGCUGAAAAUGUUGUGGGACGAUUUGAGACGAAAGCCCGGCUUGUUGUCCAAGCUGUUGAGAAGCCGAAAAAACCGGCGAGAUUCACGGAAAAGUUGACGGAUAAAUCGGAACAAGUUGAUGGAAGUGUUGUUUUUGAGGUGAGUUUUGAGGGGGGAACUUGAUUUUUUUGGAAGCUCUGAAAUUCUGGAGUUUUUUUGGAUUCAAAUUUAACUAGGGGUUUGUUGAAAAAAUUUUGGACGACAAAAUUUGGAGCUUUGAAUUCUGUGGAUUUUUUUGAGACCGAAUUUGACUAGGGUUUUGAGGAAAAAAUCCAGAAAUUUUUGAGUUCAAAAAUUGUUUGAAAAUUUUGAAAAUUAAAUUUUUGUCACGUUUUCACGUGGGAAAAAAUUUCAAAACAUUUUCGAAAUUUUUUCCGGACUGAAAUUAUGCCACGUGGAUUCAGAGAUUUUCAGCACUGAAAUUUUUUCCAACAAAAAAUUAGAAUUUGAUUUUUCUGAAAAUUAUGUCACGGCUAUUCAGAGAUUUUCAGCUCUGAAAUUUUUCCAAAAAAAAAUUAGAAUUGAAUUUUUCUGAAAACUGUGCCAUGUGGAAUUUUUGAAAUGUUGACUAGGGUUAAAUUCAGAAAUUUUUGAGUUCAAAACAUUUUGAAAAUGAAAUUUUUUGAAAUUUUUUGUUCCGGGCUGAAAUUAUGCCACGUGGAUUUUUGACUGAUUUUUUUGAGAUACUAAAAUUAUGCCACGUGGAUUCAGCGAUUUUCAGCUUCGAACUUUUUUCCAACAAAAAAAAUUAGAAUUUAAUUUUUCUGUAAAAUUGUGCCACGUUGAUUCUGAAAUUUUUUCCAACAAAAAAAUUAUAAUUUUAUUUUUCUGAAAAUUGUGCAACGUGGAUUCAGACAUUUUCAGCACUAAAAUUUUUUCCAACAAAAAAAAUAGAAUUUAAUUUUUCUGAAAAUUGUGCCAUGUGGCAUUUCUGAAAAAAUUUUGAAAAUGAAAUUUUUGUCACGUUUUCACGCGGGAAAAUUUUCAAACAAUUUUUGAAAUUUUUUGUUCCGGGCUGAAAUUAUGCCACGUGGAUUUUUUGGCUCAUUUUUUUGAGUUACACUGAAAUUUUUUCCAACCAAAAAAAUCAGAAAUAAUUUUUCUGAAAAUUAUGCCAUGUCGCAUUUCUGAAAUUUUCAGCACCUAAAUUUUUUGCAAAACAAAAAAAUUGGAAUUUAAUUUUAAAAAUUAGAAUUUAAUUUCUGAAAUUGUUGAGUUCAAAAAAUUUGGCUCAGAAAAAUUUUGAAAAUGAAAUUUUUGUCACGUUUUCACGCUGAAAACAUGCCACGUGGAUUUUUGGAUGAUUUUUUGAGUUACUAAAAUUAUGCCACGUGGAUUCUGAAAUUUUCAGCACCUAAAUUUUUUUCCAACAAAAAACUUAGAAUUUCAUUUUUCUGAAAAUUGUGCCACGUAGGCUUUGGGCUUAGGCUUAACCAAUUUGUUAGGCUUAGCCUUAGGCUUAAACAACCUCUUAGGCUUAAGCUUGAGAUCAAGUUUAGGCUUACAAAAUUUACCUUUAAAAAAUUUCACAAAAAAUUUCAAAAUUCAAUUUUUAAGAUCAUCAAAAUAAUUGAAAUUCCAAAAAUUUUGGCCCUUAAAAAUUCAAAUCAUCUCCAGAAUCUCAAAAAUCGCCCCCAAAUUUUUCGCAGGUCCGCGUCGAAGGCGAGCCAAAACCAACGGUAACCUGGUUCCUCAACUCGAUCAAACUCGAACAAUCGGAUCGAAUCGAGAUUCGCGAAUUCGACGGAUCCAUCAAAAUCCAAAUCAAAAAUCUGAAAUUGGAAGAUUGCGGUGAACUGAAAGCGGUUGCUGAAAAUUCGGAGGGAAAAGAUGAGACGACGGCGAAAUUGAGUGUCAACAAAAAACCAUUUGCACCCGAAUUCGAUUUGCGACCAAAAACGAUUACGGUGGAAAAAGGAGAGGAGGCGCGAUUUGAGGCGCAUGCUUUCGGAAUUCCACCGCCCACUUAUAGUUGGUCGAUUAAUGGAAGAAAGGUGGGAAAUUUGGAGCAUUUUGACACCAAACAAGGUGUGUUUGGUGUCAAAAUGCUCCAAAUCGCAUCUAGAGCUCGAAAAAAACACUCACACUCUCAAAUCUCCAGGUGCGCGACGGACAAGACGGCGCACGUGUGACCAGCAGUUCGGAGUUCGACGGCGCAUCGAUUUUGCACAUCGACACGGCGACCUACUUCUCCGACACCCAACAAUGGACCAUUUCUGUUGUCGCAGAAAACUCGCUCGGAGCCGACGAGACUGGCGCACAAUUGGUGGUGACACCCAAAAAGGUUGGCGCGCAUUUUUGGGAGACCCCUAUGGUUUCGCAGCGGUUUUUAAAAGGACGUGUGUGUGUAGUUCUCGUGGAGAACUACACAUGCUAUGGUGUCCCUUUAAACACUGCUGCAACCAAUUUCAGUUAGCUUUUUCAUCCCCCUGUGGGCUUUUUUGGGUUUGCAUGGUUUGUUGAGGGGAGGCGGAGAGAGUGUGUGAGAGACGCAGAGGAAGCCACUAAGAUGAAUAAAGCUAGAGAAACAGCUAGGCGCAGACAGUUAGACAAUCAAAACAGAUGCCGAGUGUGUUAGAGACGCAGAGUGUGUUAGAGACGCAGAGGAAGGCAGUAAGAUGAACUAGACAAACAGCUAGACGCAGACAGUUAGACAGUCAGAACAUAUGCCGAGUGUGUUAGAGACGCAGAGAGCAAGACGGUUAGAGAGUGUUAGGAGGUUAGAGACGCAGAGGAAGUCAGUGAGAUGAAUAAAGCCGAUGAGUAGAGUGUGUUAGAGACGCAGAGAGUCAGAGAAUGUGCGAAGGUUAGAGACGCAGAGAGUCAGAGAAUGUGCGAAGGUUAGAGACGCAGAGAGUCAGAGAAUGUGCGAAGGUUAGAGACGCAGAGGAAGUCAGUGAGAUUAACUAGACAAAUAGCUAGGCGCAGACAGGUAGACAAUCAGAGCAGAUUCCUAUGAGUAGAGUGUGUUAGAGACGCAGAGAGCUAGACGGUUAGAGAGUGUUAGGAGGUUAGAGACGCAGAGGAAGUCAGUAAGUGUAGAGAAGCUGAUUGCGAGACAAGCAGAACACCGACUCAUGCGAUAAGAGACGCAGACUGUGUGGUUAGAGACGCAGAGAGUCAGAGAAUGUGAGAAGGUUGGAGACGCAGAGGAAGACAGUAAGAUGAACUAGACAAACAGCUAGGCGCAGACAGUUAGACAAUCAGAACAGAUGCCGAUAAGUAGAGUGUGUUAGAGACGCAGAGAAUCAGAGAAUGUGCAAAAAUUAGAGACGCAGAGGAAGGCAGUAAGUGUAGAGACACAGAUUGCGAGACAAGCAGAGAACCGACUCAUGCGAUAAGAGACGCAGGCUGUGUGGUUAUAGACGCAGAGAAUCAGACAGCUAUAGACUAGAAGAGAUCACGAUCUAUUGAGAGACGCAGAUAUGUUAGAGAAUUAGAGAAUGUGCAGAGGUUAGAGACGCAUAGGAAGUCAGUAAGUGUAGAGACGCAGAUUGCGAGACAAGCAGAGAACCGACUCAUGCGAUAAAAGACGCAGACUGUAUGGUUAGAGACGCAGAGAAUCAGACAGCUAUAGACUAGAAGAGAUCACGAUCUAUUGAGAGACGCAGAGGUUUUUAGAUAUUACUGUGCGGUUAGAGACGCAGAGAACCCGACAACCAGAGGAGCUACAAGUUUGCGAGACAGAGAGUUAGAGACUUAACUAUGCAUUACCAUAUGGUUAGAGACGCAGACAGCUAGACAGUUAGACACAUUAGAGAGUUAGAGACGCAGAGUGAGAAACUUGCAAGCAGCUGGGAUUUACUAUGUCAGAGACGCAGGCGGCUAGACAGUAUAGAGAGUUAGAGACGCAGACAGCUAGACAGCUAGACACAUUAGAGAGUUAGAGACGCAGACAGAUAGACGGCUAGACACAUAAGAGAGUUAGAGACGCAGACAGCUAAACAUAACUGGUUGGUUAGAGACGCAGAGUGAGAAACAUGCAAGCAGCUGGGAUUCACUAUGUCAGAGACGCAGACAGCUAGACGGCUAGACACAUUAGAGAGUUAGAUACGCAGACAGCUAGACAGCGAGACACAUUAGAGAGUUAGAGACGCAGACAGCUAGACAGUUAGACACAUCAGAGAGUUAGAGACGCAGACAGCUCUCUCCUCCCUCCCUCUCUCUCUCUUUUUUUGCAUGUAGGUAUGUGUUUUUUUCUCUACACUCUCCGCAUUUGCCAUGCACUCUCUACACACGGUAAUUUUUUUGCAUGUUUUUUCUUGUCUUGUCCUGUCCCAAAAUCUAUCAGAACUAUCAGAAUUUCCAAAAAAAAACUCUAAAAGUUCCCAAGCUUCAUCUCAAACUUUGACUAACUUCUCUCAACUCGAUUUUUCUCCGCCCCCUUCUUAAUAAUUUCUUGAUAGGAAUCAACACCAGCACCCAACACCAACAAUCAGCAGAAUGAAAUAACAAUGGAAACCACACUAAUCUCAUCCACUUCUACAUCUUCAAUUCAAAUUGAGCACAACUCGAGCUCGAGCAAUAUUGUUAUUCAGACAUCACAACCGCAAGAGAAUACGGUGCUUCAAACAACAUCGGAAGUUAGACGAACUGAAUCGUCGACUAGUAUUUCGUCGACGACACCCAAAAGAAGAGUUUCGUUUGCUGAAGAUGAUAUUAAGAAGGAUAUUAUACCGGUUGAACGGAAGGCGAGUAGAGGAAGUCGAGGAUCGCCUACAGAAACACACAUCACAUCGGAGACUAGAGUUGAAACAUCGGAAAGUACUGAGACUAGUAGGAAGAGUUUGGAGUUGGCAAAGAGUCCGACAGAGGUAGAAGUUAGCACAACUUCAGAGAAGACAUCAGUGGAACCCACCAAGAAAGAGGCUUCGCCACCCAAGAGUCCAACCAAGAAAGCUGGAUCUCCACCUAAAUCUCCAACUAAGAAAUCAGAGGAGACCGUGGAAGUUACCACAACUUCAGAGAUCGAAAAGACAUCAGUAGAAGUUGAGGUUAAAUCCAGCCAAGAUGAGAAACCUGGCUCGCCACCAAAGAGUCCUACCAAGAAGGAUGAGACUCCAGAAGCUGAAAAGCCUGCUUCACCCAUCAAGAAAUCUGGAUCUCCACCCAAGAGUCCAACCAAAAAAUCUGAAGAAACUGUUGAAGUUACUACAACUUCAGAAAUUCAAAAGACAUCAGUAGAAGUUGAGGUUAAAUCGAGCCAAGAGGAAAAACCUGUUUCACCAAUCAAGAGUCCCACCAAGAAAGACAAGACUCCAGAAGCUGAAAAGCCUGCUUCACCCACCAAGAAAGCUGGAAGUCCACCAAAGAGUCCAACUAAAAAAUCUGAGGAGACCGUGGAAGUUACAACAACUUCAGAGAUCGAAAAGACAUCAGUAGAAGUUGAGGUUAAAUCAAGUCAAGAGGAAAAACCUUUUUCAUCAAUCAAAAAAGAACCUUCACCACCCAAGAGUCCGACCAAGAAAGCUGGAUCUCCACCUAAAUCUCCAACUAAGAAAUCAGAGGAGACCGUGGAAGUUACCACAACUUCAGAGAUCGAAAAGACAUCAGUAGAAGUUGAGGUUAAAUCCAGCCAAGAUGAGAAACCUGGCUCGCCACCAAAGAGUCCUACCAAGAAGGAUGAGACUCCAGAAGCUGAAAAGCCUGCUUCACCCAUCAAGAAAUCUGGAUCUCCACCCAAGAGUCCAACCAAAAAAUCUGAAGAAACUGUUGAAGUUACUACAACUUCAGAAAUUCAAAAGACAUCAGUAGAAGUUGAGGUUAAAUCGAGCCAAGAGGAAAAACCUGUUUCACCAAUCAAGAGUCCCACCAAGAAAGACAAGACUCCAGAAGCUGAAAAGCCUGCUUCACCCACCAAGAAAGCUGGAAGUCCACCAAAGAGUCCAACUAAAAAAUCUGAGGAGACCGUGGAAGUUACAACAACUUCAGAGAUCGAAAAGACAUCAGUAGAAGUUGAGGUCAAGUCCGGCCAUGAUGAGAAACCAGGUUCACCAAUCAAGAAGGAACCUUCACCACCCAAGAGUCCUACCAAGAAGGAUAAGACUCCAGAAGCUGAAAAACCUGCUUCACCGACCAAGAAGGCUGGAUCACCUCCGAAAUCACCAAUUAAAAAAUCAGAGGAGACUAUUGAAGUUACCACAACUUCAGAAAUUCAGAAAACAUCAGUAGAAGUUGAGGUUGAAUCCAGCCAAGAGGAGAAACCAGCUUCGCCAAUCAAGAAGGAGCCUUCACCACCCAAGAGUCCAACCAAGAAAGACAAGACUCCAGAAGCUGAGAAACCGGCUUCACCAACCAAGAAAGCUGGAUCACCUCCGAAAUCACCAACUAAGACAUCAGAGGAGACUGUGGAAGUUACAACAAAUUCAGAGAUCGAAAAAACAUCAGUAGAAGUUGAGGUCAAAUCGAGCCAAGAUGAGAAACCGGCUUCACCACCCAAGAGUCCUACCAAGAAGGAUAAGACUCCAGAAGCUGAAAAACCUGCUUCACCGACCAAGAAGGCUGGAUCUCCACCGAAGAGUCCAACUAAGAAAACUUCUGAAACUACUGAAGUUACUACAACUUCAGAGAUCGAGAAAACAACGGUGGAAGUUGAGGUUAAAUCAAGCCAAGAUGAGAAACCAGCUUCGCCAAUCAAGAAGGAGCCUUCACCACCCAAGAGUCCAACCAAGAAAGACAAGACUCCAGAAGCUGAAAAGCCAGCUUCACCAAUCAAGAAAGAGCCUUCACUACCCAAAAGUCCCACCAAGAAAACUGGAUCUCCACCAAAAAGUCCCACCAAGAAAUCAGAGGAGACUGUUGAAGUUACCACAACUUCAGAGAUCCAAAAAACAACGGUGGAAGUUGAAAUUGAAUCGACUCAAGAUGUGAAAUCUACUCAACCAGAACCAGCUGACAAACCAGCUUCACCAACUAAGAAAGAAGCUUCACCACCAAAAUCGCCAACCAAAAAAGCUGGCUCGCCACCCAAGAGUCCCACUAAAAAGGAUAAAACUCCUGAAGCCAAACCAGUAGAAGAAGCUCCAGCUUCUCCACCAAAAUCGCCAACCAAAAAAGCUGGCUCGCCACCAAAAAGUCCCACCAAGAAGGCUGCUUCACCACCCAAGUCACCAACACCAGUUGUGAAGGUAAAUUUGAUCCCCUGAACUUGAGCCCUGAAUUUCUGACCUGAAUUUAGAAUCUAUGUAGAAGCUGCCUUAAAAUUUCAGUCUGGAAUUUUGAAUUUUGAACUUUUCAGUUCAACCUUCUAAAAAUUCUACAUCUUUCAAAUUGUCCCCAUCUUUUCCAAGAGAACUACACGGAAUUUUUAUGAGCCUUAUGUAUGUUUUUUGUGUAAUUCUCUUGAAGAAGAUAUUAGAGAUAAGAGAGAGAUAGUGAGAGACGAGAGAGAAGUUAGAGAAUAGAAGAGUUUUGGAAUUUUUUGGAAAUCAAAAUUGUAGAAUCAAAAAUUCUGGAGUUUUCUGAAAGUUCUGAAAAAUAGUUGUGAUGUCUUCAGAGAUUCCAGAAUUUUCCCAAAAUUCUCUGAAAUUUUCUCAAAAACUUAUGAAGUUUGAGAAAAGUUCUGAAAUUUUUUUGAAAAUUCUGAAGUUCUGAGAUUUUUUGAAGCUUGUGUUCGAGAGUUUGGACAUUUUUGAAAUUAGACAAUUUUUUGAAAAAUUUCAGAAAAAAACUUCUGAUUUUCUGAAGCUCUCUGGAAGUUCUGAAAUUCAGAAACUUCAAAAAAUGUUUGGAAUUGUUUUGGAAGUUCUGAAGUUCCUACUCGAAAAAUUUUUUUCAAAAAUUUUCCGAAAAAUUCUGAUAGUUUUGAUAAGUUGUGUUGAAGAGUGUGUGUGUUUCUGAAGGUCCCUAAGGUCCCUAAGGUCCCUAAGAUUCCGAGGGUCCCCCCGGAUUCCCAAAACCUUCCCAAAACCUCAUCAUAUUUUUCCAGCCACCCGCACCCAAGAUCACCCGCGAUCUCACCACCCAAACCGUCAACAAGACCGACAUCGCACACUUUGAAAUCGUCGUCGAACACGCCACCAACAUCAAAUGGUUCCUAAAUGGUGUUGAACUCACUCAACAUAAUCCCAAGGUGUCACCAUAUCUCAAGAUGACAAGUUCGAAUUCCGAUGUUCGAUUGACACAACAAACUUCGGAGCCGGAACUGUUUCGAUCGUUGCUUCGAAUGAAACAUCGAGUGUUGAAAGCAAGACUGAACUCAAGAUUCUUGAAGCGCCCAAGGAAACCAAGAAGCCCGAAUUCACCGAUAAACUUCGAGAUGUUGAAGUCACCAAGGGUGAGAAAUUCACUGUUGAUGUUAUCGCUCUACAUUCUCCUGAAUAUAAAUGGUUCUUGGAUGGAGCUGAACUUCAAAAUGGUGUGAAUUCUGUAACUAUUGUUAACCAGGAGAAUAAAUCAUCAUUGACGAUUGAUUGUGCUGAAAAAUCUGGAAGAAUUACGGUGGAAGCAUCGAAUGAGGUUGGAAAAUCGGAAUCUAGCGGGAAUCUGAAGGUGAAUCCACCAUCCACUGCGCCGAUUAUUUUGGAAGGUCCGAAGAGUGUGAGCAUCAAGGAGACGGAGACUGCGAUCUUUACCUCGAUGAUCAGUGGAUUUCCGGAACCGAAUGUUAAGUGGCAGAUCAAUGAGAAGUUCUAUGAGACCACUACCAAAUCGGAAUCCACUUAUACUUUGGAAAUCAAGAGCGCUAGUCAUUUGGAUUCGGGAAGGGUUAAGGUGACAGCGCAGAAUUCGGCUGGAUCUGCAACAUCGGAAGCUGAACUUACAGUUCAGCCGAAUGUUGUGCAACCGAAAUUCAAAUCGAAUCUCACGGAUAAGAUUUGCGAUGAGGGAGAGCCGCUGCGAUGGAAUUUGGAGUUGGAAGGAUCGGCAGCUGAUGUCACCUGGGAGAUUGAUGGGGUGGUGCUGAAGAAUGGGGAGAAUGAUGUGCAGGUGAAGGAUCAUGGCGAUGGAACUUAUCAUGUGACGAUUCCGGAAGCCAAGGUGGAUCUUGAUGGGAAGACGAUCACCGCCAAGGCUAAGAAUUCAGCGGGGGAAGCGAGAACUUCGGCGAAGAUCAAGGUGAAUGGGGCGAACAAGAAGCCUGAAUUCAUCCAAGCUCCACAAAAUCAUGAGACAACAUUGGAGGAGAGUGUGAAGUUCAGUGCGAUUGUCACCGGCUCACCGAUGCCCAACAUCUCAUGGUUCUUGAAUAAUCGGAAACUGAUUCAAUCUGAUGAGGUCAAGGUGAAAUAUGUUCAUGAGACGGGAAAAACGUCGAUUCGGAUUCAUAAACCACUGAUGGAACAUAAUGGAACGAUUCGAGUUGAGGCUGUGAAUAUUGCUGGGAAGAUUGAGGCGACCGCGGAACUUAAGGUUGAUCGGAAGACUGAGGUUCCGAAAUUCACGACGAAUAUGGAUAAUCGACAGGUGAAGGAGGGUGAUGAUGUGAAGUAUACGGCUGAUGUUGAGGGAUAUCCGGAGCCGAGUGUUGAAUGGACGUUGAAUGGAAAACCUGUCAAAGAGCAUCCGUGAGUUUGGAGAGAAGUUAGGGUAACUCUGAGUUUUGUGGAAGUUUUAUGUAUACACUGAUUUUUGGCUUUUGAAAGAUCACAUCUCUUUUUGAAGAAGCUUUCGGAAGUUAGGCUAACUCUCAGUCUUCUAGAAGUUUUAUAACAUGAGCAAUCGUUUUUUAAAGGGACAUAGUAUGAGAAAUCCCGUGAUUUUUGGUCUAGAAAUGACCAUUGAUUGUUUAACAUGAGCAAUUCCCUAAUUUUUUGCUUUUAAAGGAGCAUAGGUAGUUUAACAUGAGCAAUCCCCCAAUUUUGGUUUUUAAAGGAGCAUAGGUUGUUUAACAUGAGCAAUCCCCUGAUUUUUGGUUUUUUAGAGAAGCAUAGGUAGUUUAACAUGAGCAAUCCUUCCAUUUUUGGCUUCCAAGGCCUCGUAGAAAGUUUAACAUGAGCAAUCUCCUAAUUUUUUGGAUUAAAAAAACUAUAAUUAAUUUAACAUGAGCAAUUCUCCCAGUUUUUGGCUUCCAAAGACUCGCUGAAAGUUUACCAUGAGCAAUCUCCACAUUUUCGGCUUUUAAAGGAGGAUAGGUUGUUUAACAUGAGCAAUCUCCUGAUUUUUGAAUUCUCGAGGACUCUGUGUUGUUUAACAUGAGCAAUCCUCCUUUUUUUUUGUAUUUUGAAAAGAAUAUAGUUAGUUUAAUAUGAGCAAUCUCCACAUUUUCAGCGUUUAAAGGAGACUAUAGGUAGUUUAAUAUGAGCAAUAUCCUAAUUUUUUGGAUUAAAAAAAAACUAUAGUUAGUCUAACAUGAGCAAUCUCCACGUUUUGGCUCCCAAAGGCUCGUAGAAAGUUUAACAUGAGCAAUCUCCUAAUUUUUGGCUUCUAAAAAAAAACUAUAAUUAGUUUAACAUGAGCAAUCUCCUGAUUUUUGGUUUUUAGAGAAGCAUAGGUAGUUUAACAUGAGCAAUCUCCUGAUUUUUGGCUUCUAAAAAAUUCCACGUGGCAAAAAUCUGGAAUUUCGCAAUUUAUCUACAUUUCUAAAUUUUUUUUCAAUCUGAAAUUUUGGAAAAAAAAUCCACAUUCUUCAAUUUUUUGUCCCAAAAAUUCCACGUCAAAACCACAUAGCUUUCAAAAUCCCCAUCCAAUUUCAGAAACAUCACAGUCACCGACACCAACGGCGAACACACCAUCGAAAUCAAAUCCAUCAGCCCCGAUCAAGCCGGCGAACUCUCGUGCAAUGCCACAAAUUCGGUGGGCAACAAGAAGCGAGACGUUCAAUUGGCGGUGAAACGAGUUGGCGAAGCGCCAACCUUUUUCAAGAAAUUUGGAAGAUCGCCUGAUUACCGAAGGCGAUUUGACAAUUAUGGAUGCGAAGGUGAAUCCGACCAAGCCAAAACCAUCGAUCAAAUGGUUGAAAGAUGGUGUUGAACUCAAAGCUCAAGAUGAUCAUGUGAAACUUCUCGAAACCGAAGAAUCUGAUGGAAGUCUCUCACUUCAACUUCGAAUUGUCACCACAAAAAUGGAAGACAAGGGUCGAAUCACGGUGAAAGCGGAAAACGAUUUUGGCGCUGCGGAUUGUGCCGCUUCACUCGGUGUUGUUAAGGGAAGACCGAUGGCAAAGCCGGCAUUCCAAAGUGAUAUUGCACCAAUAAAUCUGACCGAAGGUGACACCUUGGAGUGUAAAUUAUUGAUCACUGGAGACCCGACACCGUUUGUCAAGUGGUAUAUUAAUAAUACGUUGGUUGCGCAGACUGAAGAUACGGAGAUAUCGAAUUCGAAUGGGGUCUAUACUUUGAAGAUUCAUGGAGUCAGCGCUGAUAUGAGUGGGAAGAUUAGAUGUGUUGCGUACAAUAAGGCUGGUGAGGUUUCCACAGAGGGACCAUUAAAGGUUGUGGCCCCAAUCCCGGUUGAAUUCGAGACCUCGCUAUGCGACGCAACUUGCCGUGAAGGUGACACUUUGAAACUCAAAGCUGUUUUGCUUGGUGAACCUGAACCAGUUGUGUCGUGGUAUGUCAAUGGGAAGAAGCUCGAAGAAUCGCAAAACAUCAAAAUCCACUCGGAAAAGGGAACGUAUACGGUGACGAUCAAGGAUAUUACCUGUGAUUAUAGUGGGCAAGUUGUUUGCGAGGCUGUUAAUGAAUAUGGCAAGGCUACGUCGGAAGCGACACUUUUGGUGUUGCCACGUGGAGAGCCGCCGGAUUUUUUGGAAUGGUUGUCGAAUGUUCGAGCCAGGACUGGGACUAAAGUUGUGCAUAAGGUUGUGUUCACUGGAGAUCCGAAGCCUACUCUGACAUGGUUUAUUAAUAAUAAUAAGAUUGAGAAUGAUAAGAUUGAUUAUACAAUUGUGACGGAUGACAAGACGUCGAUCUUAACCAUCAAUAGUUUCAAUCCGGAUGUUCAUGUUGGUGAGAUUAUCUGCAAAGCGGAAAAUGAUGCGGGAGAAGUGUCGUGUACAGCGAAUAUGAUUACGUUUACAAGCGAUAUGUUUAGUGAAUCGGAAUCUGAAGCGCAAGCGGAAGAAUUUGAUGGAGACAAUGUGACGGAGAAUAGUGAUAGUGAGAUGCAUCGAACUCCAACUCCAGUCAUGGCUCCCGCAUUCAUCAAGAGGAUCAAGGAUUCGAAAACGAAGAAGGGUCAUAGUGCGGUCUUUGAGUGUGUUGUUCCAGACACCAAAGGAGUUUGUUGCAAAUGGCUGAAAGAUGGGAAGGAGAUUGAGCUCAUUGCUAGAAUCCGGGUUCAAACGAGAACUGGACCCGAGGGUCAUAUCACACAGGAACUUAUCAUUGAUGAUGUGAAGGAGGAGGAUGCUGGCAAGUAUACGUGUAUUGUGGAGAAUACCGCCGGGUUGGAUAGAUGUGAGGCGAGUCUGACGGUUGUUGAGAACUUGGAUAGGGUGGAGGUGAAGAGGGUUGCGCCGGAAUUUGUUUUGCCACUUCAAGACAAGACGACUAGGACAUCGGAGAGGGUUGUUUUUGAGUGCAAAGUUGUUGGAGAACCCCAGCCGAGUGUUGAGUGGUUUAAGGAUAAUGUGAGUUUUGAAUUGGGGCGGGGGGGGUCCAGGAAUUUUUUUUAAUUUGAGAAUUCUCUGGAUUUUUUUUUUCAGAGAAAUCUGGAUUUUUUUCUGAAAUUUUAGAAUUUCAAAAAUAUUCCAGGUGGCGAAAUUUGACAGUUCGCAAAAAAUCCUAAUUUUAAUUUCGAAAUUUUCUGGAUUCUCAAAAACAAAAAUUUUUUUUUGGAAAUUUUCAGAAAAUUUGGAAUCUGAAUUUUUAGAACUCUGAAAAUUUCAGCAAAAAAUCCACGUGGCACUGAAUUUUCUAGUUGCUGAAAUUUAGAAUUCCGAAAAAUUUCAAGAAAAAAAUGUUUCAGAAUUUUUGCUAAAUUUUUAAUUUUCAAAUUUCUCCCAAAUGCCACGUGGCUGGAUUUUUAGAACUCUGAAAAUUUCAGCGAAAAAAUCCACGUGGCACUGAAUUUUCGGGUUAUUGUAAUUUCAAAUUCCAGAAAAAAAUUGAAUUUUCAAAAUUUCGGCAAAAAAAAAUCCAAGUGGAAAAAAUUUUACUAGAAAAAAUGUUUCAGAAUUUUUGCAAAAUUUUAAAUUUUCAAUUUUCUCCCAAAUGCCACGUGGCUGAAUUUUUAGAACUCUGAAAAUUUCAGCAAAAAAAUCCACGUGGCAACAUUUUCUAGUUGCUGAAAUUUUGAAUUCCAAAAAUUUCAAGAUAAAAAUGUUCCAGAAUUUCUGCUAAAUUUUCAAUUUUCAGUAAUCUCUCAAAUUCCACGUGGCUGAAUUUCUAGAACUCUGAAAAUUUCGGAAAAAAAUCCACGUAGCACUGAAUUUUCGGGUUACUGUAAUUUCAAAUUACAAAAAAAAAUUAAAUUUUCAGAAUUUUAGCUAAAAAAUCCACGUGGCACUGAAUUUUCGAGUUUCUGAAAUUUUUAAUUCCGAAAAAUUUCAGAAAAAAAUGUUUCAGAAUUUUUCAAAAUUUUUAAUUUUCAAUUUUUCUUCAAAUGCCACGCGGCUGAAUUUCAGAAAAAAAUGUUCCAGAAUUUUGGGUUUCCAAAUGCCACGUGGCAUUUUUCACGCAUUUUUGAAGCACCCAAAAAAAACAAAAUAAAAAUUCACGGCAUGUUUCUAAAGAAUGCAUGGGAAAUUCACUGAAUUUACGAAUUACAGACCUAAAAUCUGAAAUUUUGCAGCAAAAAAUCACGAGCUCCGAAUCAAUCACCAUCGAAACCAUCGAGCAAACUCAACGCAUCACAAUCAACUCAACCCAACAACAAAAUCAAGGAAAAUAUUCGUGUGUUGCCCAGAAUUCGGAAGGAACUUCGAAGACCGAGGCAUUCCUCACUGUUCAAGGUUAGUCGCGUUUUUUUACCCAGGGGUCACAAUUUUUCACUUUACCUUAUCUAACCCUGCACUGUAUGUGUUUUGCACCUCUCACCAUGUUCCAGGAGAAGCACCACAAUUCACCAAACAUCUUCAAGACAAACAAAUCAGCCUGAAUGAGAAGUUGAUCUUGUCGUGUUCGGUGAAAGGAACACCACAACCACAUGUGGAGUUCUAUCGAUCUUCGACAAAGAUUGAGUCGAGUUCGAGAAUUGCGAUUGAGCACGAUCAAUCAAAUACACAUUGGAGAUUGGUGAUUGAUAAGAUCACACAGGAAGAUAUCAGUAGCUACAAAGCUGUGGCGAUCAAUUCUGUGGGAUCUUCGAACUCGAAUUCUCAAGUGACAAUGAAAAUUGAUGCUCCGAUCUUUGAGCAGGGAUUGAAGAAUACCAGUGUCAAGGAGACUGAGGAGAUUCAGAUGGAAGUUAAGGUUGGAGGGCAUCCGAAUAUUGAUUGGUUUAAGGAUGGAAAUCUGGUCAAUGAGGAUAGUGAACAUAAUAUCCGCAAGAAUUCGGCGACCGGAACUUUUGCCCUAAUUGUUCAUAACGCGAAUUCGGGACAUGCUGGAAGAUACACUGCGAAGGCUUCGAAUUCAGCUGGAACUGCCGAAUCUUCGGCUGAUGUUGAGGUGACAAAGAAUGUGGAGAAGCCUAGCUUUGUCAGGGAACUCACGUCGCAGAAGAUUUCGAUCAAUGAGACUUCUACAUUCUCGGUUGAAGUUAAAGGAUCGCCUGCUCCAAGUGUUGAUUUCUUCAACAAUGGAAAUCUUAUCACUGAAGAUUCGAAUCAUAGUAUUGUGAAGAAUAUUGAAACUGGAGUUUUUUCAUUGACAAUUAAAUCAGUGACAAGUUCUGAUGCUGGAAAAUACACGGCGAUUGCUACAAACACUGCUGGAUCGGUGGAAUCAAAUGCUGAAGUUACAAUUUCUCAAAUUCUUGAGAAACCCACGUUUGUCAAGGAACUUGUCUCAACUCAAAUCUCGAUUAAUGAAACUUCAAAUCUCUCAGUAACUGUCAAAGGAUCACCAGCCCCAGUUGUAGAUUUCUACAAGGAUGGAAAACUUGUGACUGAAGAUUCCAAUCACACCAUCGUCAAGAAUGUUGAGACUGGAGUAUUCACCCUAAUCAUCAAAUCUGUAGCAACAUCGGAUGCUGGAAAAUACACCGCCACUGCUAUGAACUCUGUUGGAUCCGCUGAAUCGAAUGCUGAAGUUACAUUGGCCCAAGGAUUCGAAAAACCCACUUUUGUCAAAGAACUUGUUGCAACUGAAGUGAAAGUGAAUGAGACUGCAACACUUUCGGUAACUGUGAAAGGUGUCCCAGCUCCAAAUGUUGAAUGGCUCAAAGAUGGUCGAUUUGUUGAAAUUGAAAGUAGCAAUCAUAUCAUCAAAGUUGAUCAGGGAAAUGGAUCAUUUUCGAUCACAAUCAAUAAUGCAACUACUCAAGAUUCAGGAAUUUAUAUCGCUCGCGCCACGAAUUCAGUAGGUGAAGCUGAAACGCGUGCCAAUUUCGCUGUUGUCAAAGACAUCAAUGCUCCAGAAUUCGUCGAGAAACUCACCCCAAUCGAGGUCAAGGAAACGGAAAGUUUGACGUUGAGUGUGAAAGUUGUUGGCAAGCCUGAACCCGCGAUUCAAUGGUUCAAAGAUGAUACUCCGAUUCAUAUUGAUGGAGUUCAUAUAAUUGAGAGAUCAGCGAGCACCGGAAGUUAUACAUUGAUGAUUGAAAAUGCGAGACAAGAGGAUGUUGGAGUUUAUUCGUGUCGUGCUAGAAAUGAAGGCGGUGAUGCCACGACAAGUGCGCAUUUUGGAAUUAUAAGAUCAAUGGUGCCCCCGGAAUUCACACAAAAGUUACGACCCCUUGAAGUUGAAGAGCAAGCGACUCUGAGUCUUGAUGUGACUGUGAUUGGCACGCCUGCACCCAAAGUUGAAUGGUUCAAAGAUGAUCAUCCAGUUGUCAUUGAUGGCCGGCAUGUUUUCACGAAGCAGGAUAAUUCAGGACACCAUAGUUUGGUGAUUAAUAACGCGAGAAUUGGUGACGUGGGGGUUUACACAUGCAAAGCGACGAAUGAGGCGGGAGAAGCAAAGACGACUGCGAAUAUGGCGGUGCAAGAUGAGAUUGAGGCGCCGUUAUUUGUUGUUGGCUUGAAACCGAUUGAUGUUGAGCAAGGAAAACCGGCUGAACUUGAAGUUAGAGUUGAGGGAAAACCUGAGCCCGAAGUCAAGUGGUUUAAGGAGGGUGUUCAAGUUCUCAUCGAUGAUAAUCAUAUUAUUCAGAAGAAGGAGGAAAAUGGAAAAUAUGUCCUGGUGAUUAAGGAUACAAAUCACUCAGAUCUUGGCAAAUAUAGUUGUCAAGCUAGUAACAAGGCUGGGAAAGAUGAGACGAUCGGAGAGAUCAGGAUUCCGAAAUAUUCAUUCGAGAAGCAGAAUGUUGAGGAGGUCAAGCCACUCUUCAUUGAACCUUUGAAGGAGACCUUUGCCAAUCAGGGAGAUACGGUGGUUUUGGAGUGUCGUGUCAACCGCGAAUCGCAUCCGACUGUCAACUUUUUCAAAAAUGGUGUCAAAAUCGAUGCGAGUCGCGUUGAAGUUCGAGAAGAUGGUUUGAUUCGUUUGAAAAUCGAGAAAGCCGACCAAGAAGAUGUGGGAGCUUAUCGAUGUGAAGCGGUGAAUGUUGCUGGAAGUGCUGACACUUUGGCUGAACUUAAGAUUCGAUAUGCUUCUAAAGUUGAGGAGCAUGUUACAGUUGAGAAUACUGAAGAACUUUUGUUGGAGGAAACUGUUAUUGGAGGUUGGUAGAGUGGUUUGAUGUGUGACAAUUUUUGUGUGGCUUUAAUUUUGUACUGGCACUGGCACUACCCUUUUUUCGGGCACCGGGGAAUAUGGGUUCAAAUUGAUAUGCUUCAGCUUAUUGCUCAUACUAAGCCAAAUUUUUAGGAUCAAAGCUUAUUGCUCAUGAAUUUAGGCUUUUAUUUUUAAAAGCUUAUUGCUCAUGUUAGACCUAGAUAUUUUUUUUAAAGCUUAUUGCUCAUAUUAAGCUUAAGUAUUUUUUAAAAUCGUAUUGCUCAUAUUAAGCAUAAAUAUUUUUCAAAAGCUUAUUGCUCAUAUUAGGUUUUUAUUUUUCAAAGCUUUUUGCUCAUAUUAAGCGUAUUUUUUCAAAGCUUAUUGCUCAUGUUAGACCUAAUUUUUAGGAUCAGGCUUCGCAUGAAUUUAGGCCUAUUUUUUCAAGCCUAUUGCUCAUGUUAAGCCUAUUCUCUUCAAGCUUACAUAUUGCUCAUAUUAAACCUAAAUAUUUGUAGAUAAAAGCUUAUUGCUCAUCUUAAGCUUAUUCUCUUCAAUAGCUUAUUGCUCAUAUUAAACCUAAAUAUUUGUCUGCAAAAGCUUAUUGCUCAUAUUAGUCCUAAAUAUUUUUAAAAAGCUUCUUGCUCAUAUUAAGCUUAAGAAUUUUUUAAAAGCUUAUUGCUCAUGUUAGACCAAAGUUUUAAGAUCAGGCUUUACAUGAAUGUAGGCCUAUAUUUUUCGAGCCUAUUGCUCAUAUCAGGCAUUUUAUUUUUGAAGUGUAUUGCUCAUGUUAAGCCGAAAUACUCUUCAGAAGCUUAUUGCUCAUAUUAAGCCUAUGUUUUAAAGUUGAUUGCUCGUGCUAUGCUUAUAUUUUUAAAUCGUAUUGCUCAUAUUAAGCCUAAAUAUUUUUUCAAGCUUAUUGCUCAUGUUAAACCUAUAUCUUCAAGUGUAUUGCUCAUAUUAAGCCUAAAUAUUCUUCAAAAGCUUAUUGCUCAUAUUAGGCCAAAGUUUUUUCAAAAGCUUAUUGCUCAUAUUAAUCCUAAGUAUUUUUCAAAAGCUUAUGGGGCUAUUCAUGUAUUUUCUCAGCAUGUUGAGAAAACAGGAGAAAUGCGGAGGAAAUACAUUUUCUCCGCUUUUUUCGUAUUUUCUCAGCCUACCUGAAUAGGUUUUCUCCGCUUUUCUCCCGUUUUCUCAGCGUUGAAAAAUAACAUGAAUAGCCCCAUUAUUGCUCAUAUCAAGCCUAAAUAUUUUUCAAAAGCUAGCUUUUUCCGCAUACUUUUGAGCUUCUCGCUUUCAUUACCCCCCUCGCCCUCCAAAAAUUCAAAUAUUUUUUUCAGAAACCGCCACCACUGGCGACGGAGAUCACCGCAAGGGUGCUCCGGAAUUUGUGGAACUUCUCAGAAGUUGUACGGUUGCCGAAAAGUCGCAGGCUGUUCUCAAGUGUCGUGUCAGCGGAGAGCCACGUCCGAAAAUCAAAUGGACACGCGAAGGAAAAGAGGUAGGGGAGAUGGGUUAGAGACGUAGAGGGAGAUAGAGACGCAGAGAGGAUUAGAGAAGUAGAGUGAUAAAAGAGAGUAACAAGGGUUAGAGACGCAGACAACCAGAGUAAUUCCAGGUCGAGAUGUCGACUCGAAUCCGCGCCGAACACAAGGAUGAUGGAACUCUCACCCUGACCAUCGACAAUGUUACACACAACGAUGCUGGAGAAUACAGGUAAGCCCUAUAGAUCUCCUGCCCUAGAUCUACUAGCCCUAGAUCUACAAACAUCCAAACAUUUCCAGAUGUCACGCUGAAAAUGAAUUCGGAAGUGCCUGGACCGAAGGCCCGAUCAUUGUUACUCUCGAAGGAGCCGCCAAGAUCGACGGAGAGGCUCCAGACUUCAUCCAACCAGUUCGACCGGCUGUUGUUCAAGUCGGUGAGCGGGCUGUUUUGGAAGGAAAGAUUUCUGGAAAACCAAAACCGACUGUGAAAUGGUAUAAGAAUGGAAAAGGAAAUCACAUCAUCCGAUCACGUCACCAUUGAGAAUUUGGAAGAUGGAACUCAAAGACUUGUCAUCGACAAAGCUAUCACUUCAGAUCAAGAUGAAUAUAGAUGUUCAGCAUCGAAUGAGUAUGGAGAUGUUUGGAGUGAUGUUACAUUAACUGUCAAGGAAACUGCUCCAGCUUUUGUGCAAGAACUCAAAGCUCUUGAGGUCAAGGAGACGGAGACGGCGAAAUUCGAAUGUAAGAUCAGUGGAAGUGCGGCGGAUGUUAAAUGGUUUAAAGAUGGCGCAGAGAUCAGUACUGAUUCAAGAAUUCAUAAGGAAUCGAAUGUUGAUGGAACUCAAACCUUGGUUAUUGAAAAAUCUCAAACAUCUGAUCAAGGAAACUAUCGAGUUGAGGUCACUAACGAUUCCGGUGUUGCCAAUUCGAAAGCUCCACUCACCGUCAUUCCUGGUGAGGUUCUCAAGAUCAAGAGAGGGCUUGUUGACACCACUGUCAAUCAAGGAACCAAGAUUAUUCUAUCAGUUGAAGUUGAAGGCAAACCGAAGAUUGUGAAGUGGUACAAGGGAAGUGAAAGUGUUACUAGCUCAAGUCACACCAAGUUGGUGCAAAUCACCGAAUCGGAAUAUAAAUUGGAGAUUGAGAGUGGAGAGAUUAGUGAUAGUGGAAGUUAUCGAGUUGUACUCUCCACUGAAUCUUUGUCUGUUGAAUCAUCUGCGACACUUACCGUAACUGAUAGCUUACCAACAUUCAAAAAAGGUCUUGCUGAUCAAAUUGUACCGAAAGGUUCGAAAUUGGUGUUGGAAGUUGAGAUUGAUGGAAAACCGAAGAAUGUGAAAUGGUAUAAGAAUGGAGAGGAGUUGAAGGGUGAGGAUUUGGGAGAUGGAAAAUAUCGAUUGGUUGUCCCGGAUUUCCAAGAACCUGGAGAUUAUACUGUCACAGCUUCAAAUGAUGCUGGAGAAAUCGAUUCGAAGGCCAAGAUUACUGCGGCUGAAGGGAAACCUGAAAUUGUGUCGGGGCUUAUCCCAAUCAUCUGUGAAUCAAGGAGAGACUGCCACCUUCAAGAUUAAAGUCAAGGGACCAGUCAAGAAUGUCAAGUGGUAUAAAAAUGGCAAGGAGAUUCCUGAUGCUAAAGCUGAAGAUAAGGGAGAUGGAAAUUAUCAACUCACAAUCCCAGAUGCUCAACAAGACGAUACCGCUGAUUACAAAGUUGUGGUUUCCAACGAUGCUGGAGAUGCUGACUCGGCAGCUGCACUCACUGUGAAGCUUCCAGCUCCAGUCAAGCCUGAGAUUGUCUCCGGACUUGUUCCAGUUUCGAUCAAUCAAGGAGAAACUGCCACUUUCAAGAUUCAAGACUAAGGGACCAGUCAAGAAUGUGAAGUGGUAUAAAAAUGGAAAAGAGAUCCCUGAUGCCAAGGCUGAAGAUAAGGGAGAUGGUGAAUAUGUUCUCACAAUUCCUGAUGCUCAAGCUGACGAUGAUACCGCUGAUUAUAAAGUUGUGGUUUCCAAUGAUGCUGGAGAUGCUGAUUCCUCAGCUGCUCUUACUGUCAAACUUCCAGCCGAGGUUCCAAAGAUUGUGAAAGGUCUUGAAGAUCAGACUAUCCCAGUUGGAGCUCCAUUGAAACUUGAGAUCGAGACAAGCGGCUCGCCAAAGACUGUGAAGUGGUACAAAAAUGGUCGUGAGAUUCCAGGAGGCAAAGCUGACGGUGACAACAAAUUCAGUUUGGAAAUCCCGGCAGCCGUAGCGAAUGAUACUGGAGAUUAUAAGGUUGAAGUUAGCAAUGAAGCUGGAGCUGCGAAUAGUGCGUCGAAGAUUGUUGUUGAGCCGAAGAUCACAUUCUUGAAACCGUUGAAAGAUCAAAGUAUCACUGAAGGUGAGAAUGCUGAUUUCACAUUGGAAACCAACACCAAACCGAGAACUGUGAAGUGGUAUAAGAAUGGUCAAGAGAUCAAGGAUGGAGCGGAGAGAAUGAGUAUUGCUCAGGUUAGCGAUACGAAGUUCGCGUUGACAAUCAAGAAUGCUGUUCGAGACGAUGCUGCGGAAUACAGGGUUGUUCUCUCGAACACCGCUGGAGAUGCUGAAUCGGCAGCGAAGUUGACUGUGAACAAAGCCAAGGCUGGAAUCUGCAAGAUUCUCAAAGGUUUGCAAGAUCAAAUUGUCGCCAAGGGUGCUAGUUUGGUAUUCGAAGUGAAGAUCGAGGGAGAACCGGAUGAGGUGAGAUGGUUCAAGGAUGGUAAAGCGGUGCAGGGAGAUGUUGAGAAGGUUGACAAUCAGACUUAUCGAUUUACCAUCAAAUCAGCGACUCCAGAAGAUGCUGGAGAGUAUUCAGUUGAAGCUGUGAAUGAAAGUGGAAAGGCGAAGAGUUCUGCGAAGGGUGAAGUUGAUGAGAAACCGGAGAUUGUGAAAGGAUUGGAUGAUUUGGAUAUUGCUGAAGGUGAUGAUGAAAGAUUCAAAGUUGAAGUUAGUCAACCGGUUAGAUCUGUCAAGUGGUAUAAGAAUGGUCAAGAGAUCAAACCGAAUAAUCAUCUUGAUGCGAAGAAGAUCGGACCGAAGAAGUAUGAACUUGUGAUCAAUAAGGCGAAACUUGACGAUGGUGCGGAAUACAAAGUUGUACUCGGCAAUGCGGCUGGAGAAUGCGAUUCAUCUGCUGCUCUUACUGUUAGCAAACCGAAUAUCUUGAAGAUCCUCGAUGGAUUGAAGGAUGUUGAUGUUAAUGAGGGAGAACCGAUCAAGCUUGCCGUGAAAAUUGAGGGAAUUCCAAAGACUGUGAAAUGGUAUAAGAAUGGUCAGGAGAUUGCUCCAGCUGGUGAGAAUUCGAAGCCAGGAAUCUACACAUUCACCAUCCCAACUAGCCAGAAAUCCGAUGGAGCCGCUUAUCGUGUAUCACUCGCCAAUGACAAGGGUGAAGUUUAUAGUGGAAGUGUGGUGCAUGUGAAGGCGGCCAAGCCGGCUGCACCUGAAUCACCUGCCAGUUUCAUCUCGCCAUUGAAGGAUACUGAAGUUGAGGAGGGAGAUAUGCUAACUCUUCAAGCGACAGUGGCUGGAGAACCAUUCCCCGAUGUCAAGUGGUUUAAGGAUGGUGUUGAACUUCAGAAGGAUGAUCGAGUGACGAUGAGAGUUGCGUUGGAUGGAACUGCGACUUUGCGAAUUCGAGCGGCCAAGAAGUCCGAUCUUGGCGAAUAUAAGAUCGUGGCUUCGAAUUCGAAGGGAACUGUUGAGAGUCAGUGUAAGGUUACGGUGAAGGAUCAAGGAGAGACGCCGGUGAAGCCGAAGUUUGUGAUUCCAUUGAGAAAUGGGGCUGCGUUGCCUGGAGAGAAGAAGGAGUUCAAUGUGAAGGUUCGAGGAUUCCCGAAACCUGCGCUGGAAUGGUUCUUGAAUGGCAAACCACUUCCACAAGACGAUGGUCGAUUUGUUGUUGAAGAUAUGGCUGAUGGAAACUAUACUCUAGUUAUCAAAGAUGUUCGGGAGGAAGAUUUUGGAGAUCUUCGAGUUGUUGCCAAGAAUGAUUUGGGGUCUGAUGAGACCACAGCGCAAUUCGAAAGAGCUGCUGAUCGUGGAGAUGGUUCGAGAGAUGAUCUUCGAUACCCGCCUCGAUUCAAUGUGCCACUCUGGGAUCGACGAAUUCCAACAGGAGAUCCGAUGUUUAUUGAGUGUCAUGUUGAUGCGAACCCGACUGCUGAAAUCGAAUGGUUUAGAGAUGGUAUCAAGAUCGAGCACAAUUCCCAUCAAGAGAUUAGAAAUACUGUGGACGGAGCUUGUCGUUUGCAAAUCAUUCCAUUUGAUGAGCAUGAUAUUGGAGUUUAUAAAUGUGUUGCGAUCAAUGAAUUGGGACAGGCUGAAACUCAGGCUACUUAUCAAGUUGAAACACAUGAGGAUGUUAUUGAGGAGAAGAAACGGGAAUAUGCACCAAGGAUUAAUCCACCAUUGGAAGAUCAAAGUGUGAAUGGUGGAAAGGCGAUUCGAUUGAGCUGUAAAGUUGAUGCGAUUCCAAGAGCAUCUGUGGUUUGGUAUAAGGAUGGUCUUCCACUUCGUGCUGAUUCGAGAACUAAUAUUGAAUAUGCUGAAGAUGGCACUGCUACUCUCACGAUAUCGGAUUCCGCUGAAUCUGAUAUUGGAGCCUAUAGAUGUGUUGCCACUAACACCCAUGGAACCAUCAAUACAAGUUGCAGUGUUAAUGUGAAAGUUCCGAAGCAAGAGAUCAAAAAGAAGGCGAGGAACCAUUCUUCACUAAAGGAUUGGUUGAUCUUUGGGCUGAUCGAGGAGACACUUUCACCCUUCGAUGCGCUGUUAAAGGCGAUCCAUUCCCAGAUAUCAAAUGGUAUCGAAAUGGUCAAUUAGUUAGAAGUGGAGUUGAGAUUUUGCCGGAUGGAAGUUGUAGUUUGACGGUGGAGAAGGCUACGAUGAGUGAUGAGGGGAUAUAUCGAUGUGAAGCUGAGAACGCGCACGGUAAAGCGAAGACUCAAGCCACUGCGCAUGUUCAAAUGGCUCUUGGAAAAACUGAAAAGGCGAAGAUUGACGAGGGAAAACCACCGAAAUUCAUCUUGGAGUUAUCCGAUAUGUCGAUUAGUAUUGGUGGAAUUAUUGAUCUGGAAUGCAAAGUGACUGGACAACCGAUGCCAAGUGUGAAAUGGUCAAAAGAUGGAGGUCCGUUAAUUGAAGACACGAGAUUUGAAUGGAGCAAAGAGGAGUCGCGAGGUUGUUAUCAACUGCGAAUCAAGAAGGCGACUUUGCAUGAUGAGGGAACUUAUCGAUGUGUUGCGACGAAUGAGAAUGGAAGUGCGACAACUAAAUCAUUUGUGAGAAUUGAUGAUGGAAAGGGUGCUUCGGUUGUGUCGAGUGUGCCACCGAGGUUUACUUUGAAGAUGGGAGAUGUGAGAACAACUGAGGGACAACCUUUGAAACUUGAAUGCAAGGUUGAUACAAGUGGAGGGCUUCCGGAAAUGACUUGGUAUAAGGAUGGAGCUGUUGUCAAACCAUCGGAAAGAAUUCAGAUAUCUUUGAGUUCAGAUGGCACUGCAACCUUGCUCAUUCCUAGUUGUGUUUAUGAUGAUGAUGGAAUCUAUCGAGUCAUUGCUACUAAUCCAAGUGGCACUGCGCAAGACAAGGGAACUGCGACUGUCAAGAAGUUAGCGAGAGAUGGAUCGAGAAGAUCUGCGGAUCGUGGACUUCCGACAAGCGGAGAUUUUGAUGUGAAUAAGGCGCCGAAGUUGAUUGAGGGAUUGGAGAAUGUGAGAGUGCCGGAGAAACAGGGAUUCAAGUUGCGAUGCAAGUUUAGUGGGGAGCCAAAGCCGAGUAUCAAAUGGUUUAAGGAUGGUGAACGGGUAUUCCCGUAUGGUCGAUUGCAAUUGGUGAGUUUUUGGGGGGACUAGGUUUAGGCUUGAUGAACUAGUUGCUCCGGGAGAAAGUUAAAAAUAAUGGUUCAGUUUUGGCCAACCUUUUCGGCCAAUUUUUGAUAAAAUCAACCUGUUUUGGCCAGAUUUUGGCUUCAAAAAAUGGUCAAAAAAUUUUCAGAAUCUGGCCAAAAAUUCACCUAAAGUUAACCCCUCGACCGAAUUCGGAGUCCCAGUUCAUCUAUGGGGGGGGCUAGGCUUAGGCUUAUUUGGGCUUGGGAUAGAUUUUUCUGAAUUUUUAAUUUUUAAUAUUUUCAACUUGCCACGUUUUUUUGGCACUAAAUUUAUUAUUAGAAUUCUUCACUGAAAUAAAUUUUACCCAACACCAAACUAAAUACAAACCAAACACCAUUUUUCUAGCCUAGGUCAAACUAGAGUAUAGUUUUACUCUUAUGCAAAACAAUAAAAGAACUAUCUGUCUCUUUCUCUAACUCACUCUCUCUGUUUUCCUCACUGCCUCUCGCAACAAGAAAAAAACAAGGCGUCAUUUUUACACAUGCGCCGUAUUUAUGUUUUUUUUUUCGAAAAAAAAUUUAUUUUUGAAGCUCGGAGAAUUUUAAAAAACGUGAACUUCCACGUGGUUUUUUUUAAAUCAGAAGUUAGCCCAACUCUUGAUAAAAUCUCAUUUCUUCCAGACCGAAUCCCCCGAUGGUGUUUGCGAACUGAUCGUCGAUUCCGCCACCCGUCAAGACGCCGGAGGCUACCGUUGCGUCGCCGAAAACACCUACGGCUCCGCAAGAACUUCCGGUGACGUGAAUGUGAUCCGCGCGGAUAGAACACGUGUGCCACGCGAUCUCGACGCCUCCAUGGCUGCUGGCAAAGCGCCAGGCUUCACAACACCGUUGACGAUUCGUCGAGCGAAACCUGGAGAUGCUGUAACUUUCGAGUGCUUGCCAUAUGGCUCGCCAUUCCCGUCGAUCAAAUGGUUGAAGGAUGGUUUGGAACUUUUUGCGAGUGACAAGAUCAAGAUGGAAGCGGCAGCUGAUGGAACUCAGAGGUUGAUCCUAUCCGAUGUCACAUUCUUGACCGAAGGAUAUUAUCGAUGUGUGGCUACAAAUGAACACGGAACCGCUUCCACCAAAGCUGAACUUGUUAUUGAAGGUGAGUAUAGAUUUAUUAUGAGUUGA